UCGCGAAGCUCGGAGAUCGUCGUUCCGCCUCCUGGGGCCAGUGAAGAGGGAGCGUCUCUGAUUGGCCUGCGGGUCCAGGCGCGCGCCUGAAGUAGCCUCGAGAUUGGCUGACGGCUCGCGCCGUCAUCGAUCCCGAGCGGCGAUUGGCUGGAGGGCGGGGCCGGCUCUUUGAAGGGAGCGCGCUUACGGGAGAAGCUCUUCGGAGAGAAGAGUUGGAAGUCGCGGCGAGCUUUCGGUCCUGUCGUCCCCCUCUUUCUCCGUCGCCGGUCACUGAAGAAGGCUCCACGGCAGCUGCGGCUCCCGGGCGAGGACAUGGCCAAGGUGUCGGUGCUGAAUGUGGCUGUGCUGGAGAACCCGAGCCCUUUCCACAGCCCCUUCCGGUUCGAGAUCAGCUUCGAAUGCAGCGAGGCCCUGUCUGACGACCUGGAGUGGAAGAUCAUUUAUGUGGGCUCAGCUGAGAGUGAGGAGUUUGAUCAGAUCCUAGACUCAGUGUUGGUGGGCCCUGUUCCUGCAGGAAGGCAUAUGUUCAUCUUUCAGGCUGAUGCCCCAAACCCAUCCCUCAUUCCGGAGACGGACGCCGUGGGUGUGACUGUGGUUCUCAUCACCUGCACCUACCAUGGACAAGAGUUUAUCCGUGUGGGCUACUAUGUCAACAAUGAGUACCCAAACCCAGAGCUUCGGGAGAACCCACCCCCAAAGCCAGACUUCUCUCAGCUACAGCGGAACAUCUUAGCCUCUAACCCCCGGGUGACCCGAUUCCAUAUCAACUGGGACAACAAUCCAGACAGUCUGGAAGCCAUAGAAAACCAGGACCCCAAUGUGGACUUCGGCCUUCCCCUCAGUUGCACUCCCGUCAAAAGCCUGGGCCUCCCUAGCUGUAUCCCAGGCCUCCUUCCUGAGAACUCCAUGGAUUGCAUCUGAUGGGGGGGGGCAGAUAAAGCUCAGUAAGACCA